UAUAAAGCAUACACUAUACACGGUAAAAUCUAUCGAUUUAUUAAAAUCAACCAUUUCGGGGAUUUCCAGUAUCUUGUAAAAUAAAUGUUGUAUUAGUGAAAACUCUCUGUUACGAUCAAUAAUAAGUUUGCGAAAGAGAAGAAAGCAAGUGUUGAACGAUCGAGAUACGGAAAAGUAUCGAAUCGAGCUUGUUAAAAUGGAAUCGGAAGAAAACGAAGUGCAUAUAAAACAAGCAACGAUGUUACGCAGCAGCGAUAAAAAUGCAGCAAUUGACUACGAUGAAGAUAGACUGCACGAGAUGACAGCAUCGUAUUCAGAAAUAUCGUUCGAUUCGCAAUCAUCUCCGCCAGUUUCGGAAUUAAGAUCGCUCAUCGAUUCCCCGGAUAUCGAUGGAACAAAAUUCUUCGAAGAUAGUUUGGAAAAGAUGAACGUAGUUGGUAGCAGACCGGAUCAGUUAAAUUUAAGAAAUCGGGAAAGUAGUCCGACCGACGACGACGAUGUAGAUCCCCCAAGUUAUCAUAAAGCUAUGGGAUAUUUGCAGUUGGAAGGGACAGUAAUGCAAGACGGAGACAUGGUGCUGUUUGUUGCAGAAGAUUUAGAGAAUAAGAUUAAACUUUCCAGUCCGGUGACAAAAAAAGGAGAGACCCCAUCCUUUCCAGGUUCUCGUAGUUCCACUCCUUGCUUAUAUAGGCAAGCUUUGACACCUCAGGUGCCUCUUCUAGACCAUAAUGUAUUGAAUGAAUUGGAAAUGGAAGCAAGAAAAGUGGCCACUUCUGUGGAUGCGUUGACAGAAAAUUUGGCUGCCAUUUUACAUAGUGCAUCUGCAUUGACAGUCGGGUGCUUAGAAACGUAUAGGGAUGCUGUUUGCAAAACAUGCGACGCGGUCGAUCACAAUAUCAAAUCGAUGUAUCAGUUAAUGGCCAAAUGCGAGGAAUUAUCGAAAUCAAUGGGACCUGUGUAUAAGCUGGCAGAUCAAAUCAAAGAAAUGAAAAGAAUGUUGGAGUUAUUUGAAAGUGCAAUGAAUCUAUAAGGUACAGUUAAUUUUUUUCAAUUACCCACACGCUAUCGUCGUCGUCGUUUAAGUGUAUGAAAUACAUUUAAAAGUAAACAAUAUCAAAGAGUGUGAAAAGUUAUAUUUUUUGCUUUUGAGAGCAAGUUAAGGUAUCUAAAAUUGAUUUGUUGAAGUUAAAAUGUGUAGAACCGAUAUGAAUAGCUUACAUCUAUCGCAUCGAAAAAUAUGUAUGACACGUUGAAAGAAUUAAUAAAGAAUUUGAUGGUUUCAAAAAGAAAGAAAGAAAAGGAGAGAAGAAAACAGUUGAUCACGCUAAAACGGCUGAAAUACAAAAACGCAGUGGUUUUUCUUCGUAAAAACAAAGUUUAUCGAGGUGUUUGAUUUAUCUGCCUUUAUUUAUACGUAGACACCUGUAAACUUUUCAUAAGCUGAUCACACAAUGUGCGUUUGUUCGCAUUCAACGGUAUACAAAGUUAAUUGAAAAAAAAAGUCCAUGCUGAGCUGACACAAUGUUACGGAGUAAUUUGUGUGUAUUAUGCGACUUGGCGAUGAUUCAUUGUAAAUAACAUUAUCAAAAAGCGACGGUGGGAAAGACGUUGCGCCUCAUUUAACGGAUUCGCUAAGCGUAAUUAUUAAAGACAGGGUGAUUUUAAUCCGGCUAGAGGAAGAAGGGGGCGAUGAUAGCGGACAAACACCUCGUUAAUUUAUUCUCCAACCCCGUCACUCAUUCAGUCCACCAAAAGCAGUUGUAUACGUAUAAACGUACGCUCGUCUUUCCUCCCUUCCUACCAUUCGCUUUCGCUCUUUUGCACAUUUUGAAUUCUUUUCAAUGAAAAAACCAUUUGUUCCCCUGCUAUCUCCUCCCUUACACUAUCACGUCUGCGUUCUCUUUCGCAUGUCUCGAUCAACUUUCGCUUUUUCAUAGUUGAUUUUUAAUCCAAGCGUUUGAUAGAAAAAGGAAAAUCGAUCUGUUUUCGUGGAAAAGUUAUUAAACUACGGGAAACCUGAGUCGUGUAGCGAUCAGUCGUGCAUAAGAGGACGGUAGAAAUCGAGACAAGGGGUAGGUAGCAUAGGGAUGAAAAGUGAAGUAAAAGAAAAGGAUGAGAAGUGAAACGAAAAAUGCUCAGCAGAUCACAGACUGCCUAAUUAAAAGGUUCGCUGUCACAUGGAAUCUUCUUUCUUUCUUUUGUUUCAACGAGAGUUUGUUUGCGGUAAAGUCUCAGGAAGUCGACGUCUCUCUUUUCUUUUGUCCUGUCUUUAACCCUGUGUCGCAUACGUAUCCAUGAACGUUCGUUCGUUCUCGCGUGGUAACGAGCUACGGUGUCCUUUUCGCGAGACCCCCUUGUUG